GCUGAGCACGCGCUGAUUAAUAUUUGUCAACCAUGCGGCAAGUAGCGGUGAUAUUCCCGGUCUUCCUCCUCCAGAUAGUCAAUGUGUACGGGUCGGAGGCCAAGCUGAGCCGGCGUGUACGGCAGGCGGGGGCGUUGGCGCGUGAUGUGGAGUGCCUAAAGGACGUGGGUCUGUACCGGAGACCGGUGAAGGAAUGGGACGAUCCCACUAACCCGGUGCUGACCUGCAGUGAUUUCUACGAAUGCACGCACCUCGGCACCGUGCGCUACUCCUGCGGCAAACGUCAGCGCUUCAACGUCUUUAGUGGUUCUUGUGACUACGCCAAGAACGUCAACGAAACCAACUGUGCCACCACGUCCAAGGUGGGUCGACCGCAGCUGCAGGCGGCCAACUGUCCUGCCGGUCAGCUGGGCUGUUUCGGCAAACAGUGCAUCCCCACGGAGAAGUUCUGCGAUGGCAAUCAGGACUGCCAGGAUGGUUCGGAUGAGGCUUACUGCGGAAUCAACGAUGAUCCUAAUGCGGCCCCGGUGUGCGACGAAUCCAAGUGCAAGCUGCCCAACUGCUUCUGCAGCCAAAAGGGCACGCGCAUCCCCGGUGAUCUGGAUCCGGCGCAGGUGCCGCAGAUGAUCGUCCUCAGCUUUGACGAUGCCGUCAACUCCAACGUUCAGCCCAUUUACGACGCAUUAUUUAACCCCGACCUGAAGAAUCCCAACGGAUGCCCCAUUCGUGGCACUUUCUACCUGUCGCAUCAAUGGACUGACUACCGCAUGGUGCAGCAGCUCUUCAAGGACGGCCACGACUUCGCCUUGCACUCCGUGUCUGGCACCGAGGCCGCAUCCCCACACAAACGCCCCGAGAACUACUGGGAUUCGGGUGACAUCAUCAAGACGUACACACAGGAGUUCAUCACCAACCGCAAGAUCGCCAAAGAGUUCUCACAGUUCCCCGAUGAGGCCUACUUCAAGGGAAUGCGCGUGCCGUGGCUGCGGCUGGGCGGCAACCGACAGAUCCAGUUCAUGCAGGCCAACGGCAUCCUGUACGACCACACGGUCUCUGCGCCGCCCGGGCCCGCCAAAAUCUGGCCCUACACCCUGGACUACCGCAUGCCGCAUCGUUGUAUGGCCGCCAACGACCAGUCCUGUCCCACACGCAAAUUCCCGGGAUCCUGGAUCUUCCCCAUCAACCAGAUCAACGGCUCCAUCGAGAGCGGCCCGGCCAAGGGUCAGUACUUCUGCACUAUGAUGGAGAUCUGUCCGGCACGCGGCUACGACGAGAUGCUGAAGAUGCUGCAGAGUAACUUCCGGGCGCACUACGAGACCAACCGGGCGCCGCUGGGUCUCUAUUUCCACGCUCGCUGGUUCAUCGACGAGGGUCACUUCCCGGCCCUGCAGGACUUCAUCAAGCAGGUUCUGAGUAAUUACACGGACGUCUACUUCGUCACGGCCUACCAGGUGAUGAACUGGGUGCAGAACCCCACCCCCGUUAACCCCAAAAUGGAUGCCUUCGCUUGCCCCGCCCGCGACAACGUUCCCGCUGCCUGCGCGCCGGCCGCCGCCGCUUGUGGUGAACUCCCGCCCAUUAACAACGCCACUAACACGCCGUCCGGUGUGUUUUUCACCUGCCGACAAAAUGCCAACCGCUGUCCUCUUAUGUACCCGUGGAUCGGCAAUUGGCUGGGCAUGCCCGACACCUACGAGAAAGGGUUUGAACCAGUGGGCGGUCCACCGGUGACCGCCGCCCCAGCGCAGCCACAACCCCAGCAAGCGGCAGCCCAGGCGGCUCCCGCUCAGCCUCAGCCACAAGCCCCGCCUCCACCUCCACCCCCUCGGGCUUAGUUUUUAUUUUAGCGACAACGAUUAAGCACAAUUCUUAUUUGCUGAUUAAUUGUUUUUUAAGUUGUACCUUUGCGGUUGAAGGCAAACUCAGCGGGUAGACGUUACAUUACUGUUUGGAAAGAACUUCAGUUGAAGACUUCAGUUGAAGAAAUAAAACGGAAGUACUAGUGA